AUGGCCCCGCCAGGAUCCGCACAGAAGCGCCGUCGCUCUCCAUCGCGAGAGCGAGGCGCAGCACCUUCGUCAGACCCCGCCGCUGACAUGCAGCAGGUCUCGACACCCGCUGGAUCGCUCCCCGGCAGUUCGCCUCCCCCCGCGACGAGCGAUUUCGAGGAGGAGGACAUUUACGGGCUGGAGGAUGGCGAUCUCGAGGAGGAAGAGGACGGCGAGGACCUGUUUGACGAGAACAUGGGAAACGACUACAUCGAGAACCGCAAGCUCGACGUGUACGACCAAGCCGACCUGAACGACCAGGACGACUUCUCGGAUGACCAGGACGCGCGCCGCGCUGCUGAAGCCUCGAUGGAGCGGCGAGACCGGCGAGCGGCGAGGGCUGCAGGUGCGGCGGGCGAGAGGCGCAAGGCUCGUAUGCCUGGGUUCUUGGCGAGCGACGAGGAGGACAGUGAGGACGAGGGACAGCUGCUUGGACGCCGCAGGGUCAGGAGGAUGUACGACGAGCCGUUCGGAGACGACGACGCUGGCUACGACGAGGAAAUGCCGCUCGAGCAACUGGGCGACGUCCGCGCCGACUCGCUCUCGCAGUGGAUCGAGGAGCCUCGCACGAGGCGCACGAUCGCUCGCGAGUUCCGCAACUUCCUCUUGACCUGCACCGACGAGAACAACGAGUCGGUGUACGGUUCGCGCAUCACGCAGCUCGGACAGCUCAACUCCGAGUCGCUCGAAGUCUCGUUCAUCCACCUCUCCGACUCGAAGCCCAUCCUCGCCUAUUUCCUCGCCAACUGCCCGUCCGCCAUGCUCCCCAUCUUCGACGAGGUCGCGCUCGACGUGAUCCUCCUCGCCUUCCCGCACUACACCCGCAUCCACGCCGAAGUCCACGUCCGCAUCACCGAGCUCCCGACCUCGUACACCCUUCGCGACUUGCGCCAGUCGCACCUUGAUGCGCUCGUUCGCGUGAGCGGAGUCGUCACCCGCAGGUCGGGCGUCUUCCCCCAGCUCAAAUACGUCAAGUUCGACUGUGGCAAGUGCGGAGAGACGCUGGGACCGUUCUACCAGGACGCAGCGAGCGAGAUCAAGAUCAGCUUCUGCAGCGCUUGCAACGGCAAGGGGCCGUUCACGGUCAACUCGGAGCAGACCGUCUACCGCAACUACCAGAAGCUCACGCUGCAAGAGUCGCCUGGAUCGGUCCCCGCCGGUCGUCUCCCCCGCCACCGCGAGGUCAUCCUCCUCUGGGACCUCAUCGACUCUGCCAAGCCCGGCGAUGAGAUCGAAGUGACGGGCAUCUACCGCAACAAUUUCGACACCUCUCUCAACGUCAAGAACGGGUUCCCCGUCUUCUCGACCGUCAUCGAGGCGAACCACGUCAACAAGAAAGAGGACCUCUUCGCCUCGUUCCGCCUGACCGAGGACGACGAGAAGGCGAUCCGCAAGCUCGCGCGGGACGAGCGAAUCGGCAAGCGCAUCAUCAAGUCGAUGGCGCCCUCGAUUUAUGGCCACGACGACAUCAAGACGGCCGUUGCGCUCUCGCUCUUCGGUGGCGUGCCCAAGGACAUCAACCGCAAGCACCGCAUCCGUGGUGACAUCAACGUCCUCAUGCUCGGUGACCCCGGUACAGCCAAGUCGCAGUUCCUCAAGUACGUCGAGAAGACGGCCAACCGCGCGGUGUUUGCGACGGGCCAGGGUGCGAGUGCGGUCGGUUUGACGGCGAGCGUGAGGAAGGACCCUGUCACGCGCGAGUGGACGCUCGAGGGUGGCGCGCUCGUCCUGGCCGACAAGGGCGUGUGCUUGAUCGACGAGUUCGACAAGAUGAACGACUCGGACCGAACGUCGAUCCACGAAGCCAUGGAGCAGCAGUCGAUUUCCAUCUCGAAGGCCGGCAUCGUCACGACCCUGCAAGCCCGCUGCGCCAUCGUCGCCGCCGCCAACCCGAUCCGCGGACGGUACAACCCGACGAUCCCGUUCAGCCAGAACGUCGAGCUCACCGAGCCCAUCCUGUCGCGUUUCGACAUCCUCUGCGUUGUCAAGGACGAGGCCGACCCGAGCGUCGACGAGAUGCUCGCCAACUUCGUCGUCGGCAGCCACCUGCGCUCGCACCCCAACUUUGACGCCGAGACGGACGAGGUCAACGCCAGCGGCAUGAUCGAUGCUGAUCUCAUCCCGCAAGACCUCCUGCGCAAGUACAUCCAGUACGCCCGCGACCGCGUCAAGCCACAGCUGCACAUGAUGGACCAGGAGAAGAUCUCGCGACUGUACUCUGAGCUCCGCCGCGAGUCGCUCUCGACCGGGUCGUACCCCAUCACGGUCCGUCACCUCGAGUCGAUGAUCCGCAUGGCCGAGGCGAGCGCCAAGAUGCACCUCCGCGAGUACGUCCGCUCCGACGACAUCGACCUCGCCAUUCAGGUCAUGGUCGGCAGCUUUGUCUCGGCGCAAAAGUCGAGCAUCAAGAAGCAGCUCCAGCGAGGGUUCAGGAAGUACCUCCGCGUCGCUACCGACAACGAAGAGGUCAUCUGCUUCCUUCUUGGCAAUCUCGUCAAGGACCGCGUCCGCUACCUCAACGUCAAGAACGGCGCUCAGCCCGACAGCGUCUCGAUCCGCGUCGAAGAGCUCGCGCGCAAGGCUGCCGAAAUCGACAUUCACGAUAUCGAGCCCUUCUUUUCUUCCGCGCUGUUUUCCAAGGUCCACCGGUAUUCGCGCAAGGGCGACUCGAUCUACAAAUCGUUCGUCUGA